AUGAACCAGGAAGUACACUACAGGAAGUACAUAGCCCCCUGGGAAUCGUCAGCACAAGCAAGCAAUAUAGUGAUCCUCACCUAUAUCUGUUUCCAGAGGAUCAUCCUGCACAAAAUUCAAAAGCAAACUUCUGAAAUACUGACACAGCAUACCUCACAGCCUGAGGCAAGUCAGCCAGCUCCAUCUGCAUCUCAGCAACAACAACAAUUUGAAAAUGUGCAAAUGCAAGCACCCCAGCAACAGGCUCCAAGGACACAAGGCCGUGGAAGGGGACGUGGAAGAAGUAGUCGCGGCAGACGUGGUGGAUCUGUCACUACCGGGGGCAGGACUGCACAAACCUGUGAAAAAAUAGUUAUUAAAAGCGAACUGCUAAUACAAAUGGUUCAUGAGCGUCCUGCCCUAUGGGAUCAGACAGAUCCCCAACAUGCAAAUCAUACAUCUACCAGAAGGCUCUGGGCAGAUAUAUUCAUAGCCAUCGUUGAGAGAGGCAAUUACAUAUGGGAGGAGUUGGAAGAGUGGCAAAAGCAAAGUUUUGGAGAUCAAAUUAAGUGUAGAUGGUCCUUAUUCCGUGACAGAUUUAUAAGAUAUGUUGGAGCGGAGGCAACGACAGCUAAUGGGUCAGACACUGUCCCCAAGAAGCAGUACACAUAUUUGGAACAAUUAAGUUUCCUUUGCAAAUGUACGGAUAUGAGGAAGACUUCUUCCAAUGUUCGAGAGAGGCAAACCAUCGUUGAAGCUGGAGAAUUGGCUAGUGGUACAGGUGAACAAGUUGCCUCUCAAUCAUGCCAUGCUCGCCUACCCCAAAACCUCAUCUGUUGGAUCAUCUUCCACAUCCAUCUCUGCUGGUUGUGGUUCGGUGGUUCAACAGAUGAGAUCGAGUAG